GAGAGAGCUCUGUGCCUGUGAGCUGGGAGUGGGAGCGAGUCCAAGUGCAGUAACAAUGUUCAGCAGAAGCACAGUGUGUCUGAUCCUGCUUCUCGCGCUGGUUUCUGCAGCAGCUGUCCCCCCAACACAAAUUCAGAUCAGCCCAGAAUUGCCUCUGCGCCUCACUGGAGCCAUCCCUGCUUAUUCCUGUCCUCUCUUCUGGACUGAAUUCAAUGGAUUUUGUUUCCGUUUUUUUCCUGAGACCAAGAGUUGGGCUGAAGCUGAUCUUUACUGUGCGGAAUUUUCAAAUGGAUUCAGAUCAGCCAAACUAGCAUCAAUCCACAGCUGGGAAGAGAAUGUCUUUGUUUAUGACUUAGUUAACAGUCGCGUUCCCGGAAUACCGACUGAUAUUUGGAUAGGUCUGCACGAUCGGAGAGCGGAAGGGGAUUUUGAAUGGACUGAUGGGACAACGUAUGACUAUAAUUAUUGGGACCGCAACCAACCUGAUGAUGGGACCCAGUUGACAGAGGAAGAGGAAGAUUGUGGCCAGAUAUGGUUCCGACAAAGCAGCGCUCUCCGAUCCUGGAAUGACAAUCGCUGCAGUCGAGAAUUUCCAUUUGUUUGUAAAAUUCCUUCCCUGGAGAACAAUUAAUUGCCAAAGUGCCUUGGGCUGUUUGGAUUACAAUUUGAAGUGGAUUUCUUUGGAUCUAGCAGCCUGGAAGCUCAAACAUUGAAAUGGAACUGAGCAAAACAAUGUUCCAAAGUUCUCAUCAAAGUGCCACACUAUUUAGUGUCAAUAUUGACUGCUCUGGGUUGGAAAAAAGGUCCUUGGCUUAUGUUGUGGCCUUUUCACUUUCAAUCUUCAAUUAAUCAUAGUCUUUUUGAUACGUAGCAUGAUUGCAUUGUGUAUAACGUAGCACCGAACAUUAAUAUUCUCAAAUUGACUUUCUGUCCAAACACAUGGUCAUUGUUUUUGAUUGAUUGGUCAAAUGGUUUCCAAGAAUGUAUUAGUUUGAGAUUUGUCAUGUAUAUUUGUCUUAUGUUAGAUCAUUUAGUCGUAAGCCCUCCAAAUUAGAUAUUUGUUCUGAUUCAACAACAGCUCAGAAAUACGUGCUUUUAAUUUUGCAUUGCUGUUUACACCUCAGCAUGUUAUGAGAAGGUAACGUUUUAUUUCCUUCGCAGUAUAAUCUUAUCACAAUUUCCCACCUUCCACUUGUUUGCUGGAGCAAGUUGCCCAAGCAAGUUUUUCACUUGCUUCUCUCCUAUUUCCCCUCAGAUCCUCUCACCCGCUCAUCCCACUGAACUGCUGUCUAGUUCCUUUUGAGGGCUUCCAUAUUCAUUGAUAUAGUUAAUGGCUCUUUCUCCUCAACUCAUCUCCACUUUCCUUCAACUGUCUCUGCUCCACUAAGAUUAUCCAAGCAAAUCGAUGCACCACCUCUUUUCUCGCAACCCAUCUUGUCCCCUUCUCAAACCCCCCUGUCCAUCCCGUUCCCAAUACCUCCUUGUCCAUCCCAUUCCAAAUCUCUAACAUCCCUGUCCAAGCUGCUCCCAAUUUCUUACCUCCCCAAUCUCUAACCUCCCAGACCAUCUCAUUCCCAAUCUCUAACAUCCCUGUCCAAGCUGUUCCCAAUCUCUAACCUCCCAGACCAUCCCAUUCCCAAUCUCUAACAUCCCUGACUGAGCUGUUCCCAAUCUCUAACCUCCCAGACCAUCCCAUUCCCAAUCUCUAACAUCCCUGAUCAAGCUGUUCCCAAUUUCUAACCUCCCAGACCGUCCCAGUCCCAAUCUGUAACAUCCCUGACCAUUCCAUUCCCAAUCUCUAACAUCCCUGUCCAAGCUGUUCCCAAUCUCUAACCUCCCAGACCAUCCCAUUCCCAAUCUCUAACAUCCCUGUCCAAGCUGUUCCCAAUCUCUAACCUCCCAGACCAUCCCAUUCCCAAUCUCCAACAUCCCUGUCCAAGCUGUUCCCAAUCUCUAACCUCCAAGACCAUUCCAUUCCCAAUCUCUAAUGGCCCAGUCCUAUCUAAGGCCUUUGAAUAGGCUGUUGCCUCAAACCUAUGUUCAUCAUAACAGUUGCCCCAUGUUUGACUUCCUCCAGUGAGGUUUCUGUUCCUGCCACAUUAACAGAGCUGCUCUCAUGGAAGCAUGUAAUGUGUUGUUACUGUGACACGGGUAAUCCUUCCCUCCUCAUCCUCAUUGCCAGCUGACCAUACCAUUAGUGCCCAGCCUGCGCAGUUAAAACUGGACCCAUCACUAUCAAUCUUGCCAUAACCUGUUCCUGCCCAAUUCCCUCCCGUGUUCCUCAGACUGAAUCCUUGGUCCCUCCUUUUCACAUCUACGUACUGUUCCAUGAUAAUAUUGUUGGAAAGCCAAGUGUUAGUUUCCGCGUGUUCACUGAUUAUGCCCAGUUCUACCUCACCAGCAGCUCUCUCCUUCCCCACAUAGUCUCAAUCGUGUCAUACUGUACUUCCAGCCCACAGGGCCAGAUGAACAAAAUUAUCCUCCAACUAAUUCUCGGAAAGACUGAGCCCAGUUUCUCCAAACUCUGUUACCUAGGCUAUACUCCAAUGCUCUCUGAUAGUUCUCUCAGGCCACAAGACUCCUCAUAGCUUUGUUGUCUGAAUUAAUCCUGAGAUGAAUUUCUCACCACAGCCCCAUACCAUCACUUUCCCCAACUCUGUAAAAUCACUGGAUUCCAGCCUUGCCUUAGUGCAUUUCCUGCUGAGAAUCUUGUCCAUGCCUUUGUUUCUUCUGAAUUUAACCAUUCCAACUCAAUCUGGCCAGCCUCCAGCUUUCUACUUCCUGCAAACACAAUAUUACCUCAAAACUCUGCUGCUGUGCCUUAACUCACACCCAGUGCCAAUCACAAACCAUGCCCUAUUCCGAGUUCAACGAUGUCUCAAGUUUAAAAUUUUCUUCCUUGUUUUCAAAUUUGUCCAGACGUGGCCCUCUUCCUCUGUAAUCUCCUGCACGCCCACAAGACUCAGAGAUACCUGGUCUCCUCCAAUCCUGGCUCCUUCAGGAUCCCUGAUCUCUACGAUUGAAGGCUGUCCUAUGGCUAUAGGCAUGCAAAGUUUUGCUUGGAACCUCUCUACCACUUGAUUUCUCCUUCCUCCUGAAAAGGUGCUGUUUAAAACCUACCUCAUCUGCCCAGAUAUCUCAUUAUGGGGCUCAGAGUCAACUGUUAUUGGCAAAAAAGUUCCUAUAAAGUGCCUUGGGUCAUUUUACUACAUUCAUAUUGUUGCUGUUAUGAGGUUGAUAUCACUUCAGAAACCUAUCUUUUCAUAUCUCACAGACGUUUCCGUGUCAUAUACCUGGGAUAUUGUAAUCUCCCCAGUCUUUCAGAUGUGCUGGUGAAGUGUGACAUAUUGUAGUUCAGGUACAGAUAUGAAGCAUACCAUUUCACCAUCAGCCCAACUUCUGAGAUUGAGACCAGAAUAAUGUGAUGGGAAGGAAAAACUAUGUGGACAUAAUUCAAAAUAGAAUCUAACAAUAACCACAAAGCCUGUCCAAAUGCUGAAAAGUAUCAGAUUAUACCACUAAUAGUCAUUCAGUACCCAGAGAGAUUUGGUGUUGACUGUCACAAGACUUUUAGAAAUUGAUAGUAUGGCUAAUAGUUUCAUCAGUCUCAUCAUUUCCAAACAUUUCUGAACUGACCCACCUUAAACAUAUUCUAUACUCUUCUCGUGAUUUCCACAAAUAGAGAAACAUUCUGAAUGACAAAUGUCACUCUCAUGGGGAAUUGUUUGAUGAUAUAAAGAAAGUUUCUUAAUAUAAUAUGUUUCCAGUGUUGACCAAGUACGUAUAAAGCACAACUAAUAAACUAGGAAAUAAUGAAAGCAAUAGUGAUGUGACCGAAUACUAAAUGUUAAACAUAGGACCUGAGCCUGCAUUUGAAUUUUAAAAUCAUCUUUUAUUGUGCACAAUUUGCUGCUUUUAACUUGUUACUGUUUGAUUAGAAAGUAAACCAAUUAAUAAUUGGCAGUUUUGCAUAAGUGAAAACUGUAAUCCUGUUACAUUGUGUACUUCAUUUGAAAGCACACAUAGCCAUUCUAAAACAUCAAGCCAUUGCUGAAAGCAGCUUUGAUUUAGCUUUUUUACUUGAUGUUUCCUGGUCAGUUUUAUUCAUUUCAGAAUCUUUCAUGUGGGGGGCAGCUUAGGCUACCAUUAUUUCUGGGACACAAUUCAAAUCGAUUAUGGCAAAAAUAUGUAGACAAUCAUAAUGGAAAAGGAUUUUCACAUUUAACUGUUUGCCAGACGACAAAGGAGGACCACAUAUCAGCUGGGGUUGAUUUUGUGCCUGUCCCCACAUCCCUGCAGUGCUGUUACACACAGCUCUCCAAAAGAUAAACAACUAUUUAGAACCUUAUGUUCCGGAUUAAGCGCCAUGCCUUGUUGCUUGAUUAUAUGGGUUUUUUCUCCAACAGUGUGAGCAACUGUUACACAUCAGAAAUGGUUCUCUGCAUGCUCACUGAACACAACAACAGAAAAGAGAAUUCUGUCUCAGAGCAGCAGAGUAAUCUCAGAUAUAGACUUUUUUUUAUUAUUGUCUAGGAACUGUAUAACUGCUCAGGCCCAGUCACAGGCCCAGCUCAAAGGUCCUUUCGCCCAUUUAUUUGUUGCCCAUUCCUAAUUGUGCUUGAGAUGUUGUUAAUAUUGAGCUGCUACAGGAUCAUAAGAAAUAAGAACAGAAGGAGGCCAUUCAGCCCCUUGAGUUUGCUCCACCAUUCAAUAGGAUCAUGUUCUAAUCAAAUAUUCCUCACAUUCACCUUCCUGCCCUCUCCCUGUAACAUUUGAUUCGCUAAUUAAUCAAGAAUCUAUUUCAGCCUUAAAUAGACACAAGCACUCUGCCCCCACUGCUCUCUGUGGGGAAGAGUUCCAAAGACUCACAACCCUCUGAUAGAAGAAAUUCCUCCUCAUCUCUGUCUUGAAUUGGUGCCCUUUUAUUCUGACACUGUUCUAGGCUCUCGCAUGAGGGGAAACAUCCUCUCAGCAUUUACCCUGUCAAGCCCCUUCAGAAUCCAAUAUGUUUCAAUGAGAUCACCUCUCCUUCUUCUAAACCCCAGUGAGCACAGUCCCAACCUGUUUAGCCUUUGUUCAUAAGGCAAUACUUUCAUACCAGGUGUCAUCCUCCUGAAACUUCCCUGAACCGCCUCCAAUGAAAUGACAUCUUUCCAUGAAUAAGGGGAACCAAAACUGCUCACUGUACUCUAGAUGUGGUCUCACCAGCACCUUGACCAGCUGCAGUAAGACUUCCCUAUUCUAAUACUCCAACCCCCAUGAAAUGAGGCUCAGCUUCCUGAUUAUGUGCUGCCCCUGUGAGCUAGCUUUCUGUGUUCAGUGCACAAGUUCACCCAAGCCCCUUUGUGUUGCAGUUUUCUGCAGUAUUUAUCCACCUAAACAGUAUUUCUUGUGGUUCUUCAUUCCAAAAUGAAGCAACUUCUCAAUUUCCCACUUUACUCCAUUUUGAAUU